UGGUGUGCCCCGCCCAUGGUGUUCUCGCGAGAGUUGUCUGUCGGGGCGCCCGCGCGCUGCUGUCGGUCGCUGGCUGAGGAGAAAGGCUCGGCGACUCGGUGGAAGCGGAGACCCGAAUCGGAGUAAAGAGGAGAUUCCCCAAUGUUCCAGUAACAACUGUCAAAGAGAGCGUGAUGGGGGACGACCGCCCUUUUGCGUGCAGCGCUCUUGGCUGCGGACAGCGUUUCACAAAUGAAGACCAUUUGGCUGUACACAAACACAAGCAUGAAAUGACUCUAAAGUUUGGGCCUGCUAGGACAGACUCUGUCAUCAUCCAAGAUCAAACGCCAACUCCAACCCGUUUUCUCAAGAACUGUGAGGAAGUGGGGCUGUUUAAUGAACUAGCUAGCUCUUUUGAACAUGAAUUCAAGAAGGGGACAGAAGAGGAAGAUGACAAAAAGAGUGCUGGACCACUGGAUAUGUCUUUACCUUCAACCCCUGACAUUAAAAUCAAAGAAGAGGAGCCAGUAGAAGUGGAUUCAUCCCCACCAGAUAGUGCAGAGUCGUCGUCAGAGGAGCAGGAUGAUUAUUAUUUUGAACAUGUGACCAGCAGCAGAGGACUAGAAGCUCCUCCUGCUUAUGUUCCCCUACAGCCAGGCUGGCAAAGAGCGGGGUCAUUUGACAGCUGUAUAUCGAGUAGGAAAAAGGUGCCACCAAAGCCGCAGGUCAGCUCAACGCCCACUCCUACAAUAGUUCGGCCUGGCUCUCUGCCUCUCCACCUGGGAUACGAUCCUUUGCACCCUACACUUCCUUCACCCACAUCUGUCAUCACACAAGCCCCUCCGUCCAACAGACAGCUAGGCUCCCCAGGCAGUUCAGUCCCUCUUAUGAUGAACCUGGGUAAUGGCCAGGCUGUCCCUUUCCUUCCUGGUCCACAUGUACAAAUGCCAUCUGUAAUAUCGUUGGCAAGACCAAUGACCAUGGUGCCCAAUAUCCCAGGAAUUCCCGGUCCUCCAGUUAUUGGUUGUGCAGGCCAUAUUUCUCCUUCAGGACUUUCAAUUCAUUCAGAAGCCAAAAUGAGACUUAAAGCCUCACUUACUCAUCAAGUCCCAUCAUCUCUUAAUGGGGGAAUGGCUAUGGUGGCAUCAAGGUCUGAGCAAAGCCAGAUAUUGGUCCAGCAUCCAGAUGCUCCUUCCCCGGCACAGCCUCAGGUAUCUCCUGCACAGCCCACUCCAAGCACAGGAGGUAGACGAAGAAGAGCAACAGAUGAAGAUCCAGAUGAACGCCGACAACGCUUUCUAGAGAGAAACAGAGCAGCUGCAUCCCGUUGUCGUCAGAAGCGAAAGGUUUGGGUGUGCUCAUUGGAGAAAAAGGCAGAGGAGCUUACUUCUCACAAUGUGCAGCUAAGUAACGAGGUAACGCUUUUGCGGAAUGAGGUAGCUCAACUAAAACAGUUGCUUUUGGCGCACAAGGAUUGUCCUGUAACUGCCCUGCAAAAGAAGAACCAGGUGUAUCUUGAAAACCUAAAGGAUGGCUGUGAUGCAAGAGGCUCUCCAGGCCCAGUCAGCCAGCACAGUUCAUCAUCAUCACAGUUCUCUGCCUCUCCUAAUGGUUUGCGUUCUCCAGCUGAACACAUGGCUACGUCAGUGCUCACACAGAUGGCCAGCCAAAGGACAGACGGCCACAGUCAGAUCCUACAGUCACAUGUCAUCAUGUCACCACAGUCGCAGGCGGCCAGCAGAUGAUGUAUCUCAGCCAGUGGACCUAGAACUAACCAAUGGGAUGCCUCAGCCCCAGAGACUGAGCAAAUUAACUAAGCCCCAUUACAGAAGGGGUGGAUAUGGAUUAUAAAUAUAUAUAUACAUAUAUAUAUUUGUUUUUAAAGUUCGGUAAAGGGUGUUUAGGGAGGUUUUUUUUUUUUUUUUUUUAGUCCACAGAUACCAAGUGAUUGAAGCACUAACAUUGAAAACCCAUCAGGUCAAAUCACUAACACCAUCGCACAUACAAGAACUGUAUGGGCUUCGUGCACUAAUAGACAUGGAAACAUACACCCUGCCGCACACAAUGCAGCCUAUGCAGAAUAUAUUACUAAUGUUUACCAUUACUGCCUGUGGGCGAGUUCUUCAGCAGUGUUCCUUGUCUGAGCACCCUGCCUCCUCUCUCCUGGUAAAAUAUUGUAGCCCUGUUAUGACAAAAAACUUCUUACAUACUCCCUUUUUUAAUUCUUAAUUUUUUUUUGGGGGGGGAGGCAGUGCCAUCCAACCUUUUAUCUGUCCAUGGCAUUUCAUUGUUGCUAGAAACUCACUAAUGCAUUAGAAAAAAUGGCCUUGUUGCUCUGUUGCCUUCCAGACUUUUCACUUUAUGCUCUUGUGUUGGGUAAAGAACCAAGAGACCUUGUUCUGAGUCCUGAGAUAGGCCUGGUGCUGGAGGGACCCAAGACAGUGUGGACAAGAUAUUCAGGGGGAUCAUUUUCUUCCACCAACUGCAGGAGGAGACCCAGGAACUAGAACUGCCUGAGCAGCCAAGUGAUCAAAGUUGUAACUGGUUGUAUCUCCAAGAACACAGCGACUGCAGGAUAAGAAAAAUAUCUGUGUCUUCCACGGCUCUCGAGAUGCUGCUGAUAAGCAUUGUGCUUUAAACCUAAGGUCUAGGUCUUUUGCAGCCUGUUUCAACACUAAAUAUAACCAGCCAUGUAACCUCUUCAAAGCCUUAUUUCAGUCUUCCAGCAAGUUUUGUCUGACGGGUGACUUGUAACCUCCAGUGUAAAAUGCCUGUGCCAUGAAGGCAAUCUUUUGAGAAUUGUCAAACAUCUAACUUCAUCAAGACUGUGGUGGAUAAUUGAAGUCAUUUAUAUAGAAGCGACUUCUUCCUCCAUGUACUCUCCCUACUUUGUCCAAGAGAUGCCUUGAAUUGUGGUGUCCCUGUGGCAUUGGCGCUUUUUUUUUUUUUUUAUUGCCCAGUGAAACGACCAGAAGAAGCUUCUCGGUUUCGUAUAGAGGGCUAAAUAUACGUGCCUCUUAGAUUGUUCCUCUACAGUCUUUUGGAAGUUCAGUUCUUGCAUCAACUACAGUACUUUGCUUUUGCUUAUAGCUCUUUCAGGUAUUGUUCUAUGCAGUGAUAUAGAACUGAUAGACAUGAUUCACUUCCUUCCCUACUACAGUUUGAGAUGCUACAUGGUGACUUUUCUUGUAGACUUCAUUAUGCUUUAAUACAUUUACAGAGCAUUGCGGGAUAUGUCCUAUACAAGAGUUCACAAAGCAAUGUUAAUUGUCAUCCAAACAUUUUGCUCAGUCAAGAGGUUUACAAUGUGUAUAGGGAGCUAAUCAUUGAUAACGGACAAGGGCUCAUCAGUAAUCCCCCCUGCAGUCCAAUGUGAUUGAGUUCUGUGAAUGGAGGGACAGUUGUUUCUAAUGGCUGACAGUCUCACUUGCUUUUGUAAGCAUUGCAGUUCUUGAAACAGGCACAUAAUGUACUAAUCAAGUUGGGACACACUACACUGUCACCCAUAUUUACAAGCAAAUUACAAUUUUUAUUUUGCGGUUGAAAAGAAUGAAUGAAAUGAAAAAAAAUGCUGUAGUUGAAAUGGUUGUUCACCCCUGUAUUUUAAGGGCUUCGUCCACCCAGCUACAAUUCUCUUAGAUUUUCAAUUAACCCCUUUGCGCCGCCGCCUCUCGACCCUUAAAGGGGUUUCAGGGUGGGGUUUAUGAUCAUGUGACCCCCCUGUGAUUGGCUGUCACAGCAGUAUCCCAAUCGCAAGUAGCAGGGUGCGCACUCUUGGCACAGCUGCAUUUACAAUCUGGUACGCAAAUAUGUGGCCACUCAGCGUUAAGGCCCACCCGCCAAAAAGCCACAUAUUUGCGUACAGUCGCCAUGAAGUGGUAUUAAAGGCAAAAUCAAAAAUGACGUGUGAUGCAGUCUUUCACUAAAAUUAACAAAGCAGUCUUUAUUCUUCUGAGGCACUCACAUAUCGCUUAGUGAGAAAGCAGGUUCCCACUAGUGAUGUGGAAAGCAGGAUUCUCAUGCGGUUCUGUGUGUGACGUAUAGUGCAGCCUAUACAAAAGAGCUCAUGGACCAAAUUUUGGCCCUGACUCGGUCAUGUUUUUACAUGCACAUUUGUUCCAUGACAAUCAUGGUAAAAUUGCACGGCAUUUGGGGUGAAUCCAAAUGCUGCCAUUUGAAAGCUCUGGCGAGAUUUCCCCCUGUAACUUAAUUUUUGAACCCAUUAAUCUGGCUGAAAUUUUUCAACUCCCAAUAACAGAACAAACUGUGCAGCAACAGUAGAAAUUAGAGGUUUAAGGCAAACCAUUUAACACAGACAGAGGUGCUUGCAAUACAUAAAGCUUCUACGUUUGCACCACUUGCAAAUUUAUUUAUUUUUUCUUCGCCCCCGCAAAAAAAGGUGCCAGAUGAAUAGACACACGUAGGCCCUCCCUCAAGGGUUAAAGGAACAUUCUUCCUAAAGUAGGGAUCCAUUUUUACCAUAUAGCUUUUAAAAUAAAUACAAGCAAGCUGGGUAAGAUUUUACUUUUCACUUGUUUAAAGGAAUAAGUAAAGUAUGAUAGCUGUUAGUUUGUUGUGAAGGGCUGCCACAUACAUUGCUGAUUGCCUUAUUAACACCGGUCUUUAAUAAAGAAGAUAAUUGUGUUUCCAAAUCAUUUGCUCAUAGCAACCAGUCCAUAAAGCCCCGUUGCUUUUAAAUGUAUAGACGUGUAUCGUAUUUCUAUCUCCUUGACAUUUUAUGUUACAAAGUAUAUUUUUUAUUGUAAAAACCUAAAAAUAAAUCGAAUAGUUUUUACAUCA